ACAAACCCAAACUUAGUACCUAAAACGGGAAAAAUAUCAUUUUCUUACAUUGAUAUUUCGUUUCGUUUCACAAAAACAUGGCGAAGCUUGGUUUUUCUAUUUUUGCUUUGUGCUCCUGCAUAAUUCUAAUCCUUGUUGAGCAGAAAGCCGGUGUUAGUGCUCGAUCACGAAGCUCGAAACCGGCUACGACCAGCUGCGGAAAAUCAUUCUGCGAACACGCGUCGAAUUAUCCACUAACGGACACCAACAAAAAAUCUCUGGAAAGCGAUCCAAAGCUGGCGUUUUUGAAGGGCGCGGUUCCGACCAAGGGCUCUUCGGGUUUAGCCGAUGAUGACCCCGACAUUCCGAACCAAGCUCCUCAACUGCAGUUGUGUCAGUCCAAAGUGGACAUCAUCUAUCCCCAGGAAGCCGAAAACAUUCGUGGUCAGCGGCGUUUCAUUAUCAAUUUCGGUCCGUUCACCCAGGGUCUAACCAUCGAACGGUGCACGGUAGACAACUUUCGUUUACCUUGCAACUACGUCGGCAUCCCGCCCGCCUACCAGUCCAUCUGCAUCCAGCGGGAAUCCGAGCACCGCUUAAACACCAUCGAGACGGACGCUUCCGGUCAAGUGCAGACCAGCGUGGACACCUUCCGCUUUCCCAGCUACUGCGCCUGCAAGAUCAUCCCGGCCCCCAUGGCCGCCACGCUGCAGGCCAACCGCUGCGCUCCGGAAGCCGCUCCCUUCGCCACCGGCCCGCAGUUUUAUGCAGCGCCCGCCACGGCGGUACUGCAGCCGCUGACGACGUCCAAUUACGCCCCGGCACCGGUACAGGGUGGCUAUGGACAGGGUCUGGCUUCCAAUGCCGGGUUUGCGGGAGCCGGCGGAUACGGACAGAUGGGAUACGACGGCGCCCCAGUCAGCGGAAGUGGUGCGAGUUUGACCGGCCGAAGUGAUGGGUUGUUCAACAGUCCGUCCAGUGGUUUUAACACCGGCUCAAAUGGAGCUGCAGCGCCGGCGAAAUCAGGAUUGGCGGGAUUCCCCACGUCGUCCAGAGGGUAUCCAGGAUUUUUCAUUCAGUAGAGCGCAUACUCUGCUAGUCUGUCUAAAGACUUCCAGCAUGGGAACAAACUCAUGCAACUGCAUGUUCUCUUUCUUACUCGGCUAUCGAAAGUCUAUUUUAUAAUUUUUCUCUGGCUUUAAUGCGUCAUUUUCUUAUAAACAGAGUGUUACUGUUUUCCAAGUUGCCUCCAAUAAAAUUAUCUGCCACUUGCACACCAAUUUAUUUUACAAGUUCUCCAAAACUUUUCAAAG